UAACUGGGAGGCGCCUGCCCUCUCAUUAACCCCCCGUUUCCUCCACACCUCUUUGUUUACACCUACAUGCCGGUCAAGUCCAGACAGAAGAGCAGCAGCUUUGCAGACUCCACUCUGUUCUCUGCUGGUACAAAAACAACAAUGUUUGUUUCUGUGCUCCGCUUUAUUUUGCUGUUUGGAGUUUCUCAUGCCUCUGACACCGCGGCUCCUGCCCAGCUCAGGCCGCCGUCGCUCGGGUUCAGUUCCUCGGUGCGCUCGGUGUGUAAACCCAUCCCCAGCACACUGUCUCUGUGCCACGGGAUCGGCUACAGGCACAUGCGGAUCCCCAACUUGCUCGGCCAUGAUACACUGAGGGAGGCCCAGCAGCAGUCUGCGGCCUGGCUGCCCCUCAUCAACAAGCUGUGCCACCGGGACACGAAGAAGUUCCUGUGCUCGCUGUUCGCUCCGGUGUGUCUGCCGGAGCUCAGCGGGCCGGUCAGCCCCUGCAAGAGCCUGUGCGAGGCCGUGCGGGACGGCUGCGUGCCCGUGAUGAGCGCGUUCGGGUUUCCCUGGCCGGAGAUGUUCAACUGCACCCGGUUUCCGCGCGGGACCGAACUCUGUAUCCCGGCAACAGGACAGCAGGAGGGGCGGACGACGGAGGAGGUCAUGCACGAGGAGGCGCUGAAAGGGAGUGUUAUCUGUGAUGCCUGCAGUCUGGCUGCUGAAGGAGAAGUUGACAUCCAGGAAAACUUCUGCCACAGUCCAUAUGCGUUUAAGAUGCGUCUGGGCAGUGUGUCGAUGGUGGGAGGGGACCGUCAGCUGGUGCCUACAGCCCGCAGCCGCAUCCUGAGGUGGGCAGGGGGAGGUGCGGAGAGGGCAGAAGGGAUUGGAGGCGCAAUGGCCCAUAGCGCUUUGUGGCUCCAAGAAGGAGGCACCUGUACUUGUCCUGGCUUAGACUCUGCAGAGACAAACAAAGGCAGGGGGUUAGAGGAGGAACAUAUGGAUAAGAGAAGAGCAAGAGAAGGAGAAAAGGAGGGGAAAGGGGCCCAGAGUGGAUGGUACCUGGCCCUGGCUCAGGCUGAAGAGGGAAGACUGGUGCUGACUCGACUGGUGAGGUGGACCAAAGGGGACAAAGAUCUGAAGAAGUUCAUCAGAAGGCUCCUUAAACAGUCCUGUCCAGAGAUGUAGACAGGGAGUUUCAACCAUUGCAGUCCUGCCCCAUGGACAUUGCUUUGUGGUGCAGUGUGUAACUGUGUGCCCUAAUGAACAGCUAACAAAUAGAUCCCAAAUAACACCUUAUUACAGAUUGUUAGAUACAAUGUAAAUGAACCAGAAUCGUUUUUAGUUAUCUGUAAAUCUGCAUACUGGCCACUUGCCUGAUGAAUGGUUCCUAUUAUCUCUGAAAAAGGUGCUAAAUACUAAUCACAUCUUCCAUCCUUAUUAGUUAGUAUCACAUGAAGUAAAGCAGUGCAUCAUAUUGACUUACUUUACCAUUAUUUAAGUAACAUAGGGUAUUAUUUUGCUUAACUGACAAGCAACAAUGAGUGAUUAUAAGACAGAGAACUGGUGCUUGAGUACCUUAUUGCAAUUACCAAUUACCUUAUUAUUGAAUAAAUCUCACACAGGCAGAGAUAGUAAGGCAUUGUUACAAAAGUAACUUCUACAAAAUAGUGCAAAGGUUGAUAUAAUUCCAAAUUUGACAAUAUUUGUGUAUUUUUUAUUUUAUUUUUGUGUACAUUUGUGUAUAUAGGAGAGACUAAAUAUAACCCUUUAAUCAAAGUCAGUGUUUGGUAAUGAUUGCAGGGGUUUAGGCUGAUCUCAUCACAUGCUUUCUAUUGUUACUUGUUUGGGUUGAAGCAGUGAAAUUGUUGUUAUUCCUGCAAUGACAGCUUGUACUACCUUUCCUAUCAGAACGUCAUUAUUAUACAUGUUAAUCACACACCAUACAAAUAAUAGACCUGCAAGUUUUUUUAUUGCCUUGCGUUUUACCGUUUUGUUUCACAGCAGCCAGGUCUCAGUAGUUUUAUGAGUGAAAUGACAUGUUAGAAAGCUAUAA